AUGCACACAGUCGAGGAUAUGUUGGGUGAGAAAAACUACAGUAAAUGUCCUUUGAAGAAACGUCCGAUCAACUAUCAGUUCGAAGAGGACAGCUCCACAGAUGUUGUGGAUGUGAAAAUGUCCGCCGCUAGCACACACAGUGAUGACGACCACACAGAUCAGCCCGAAAAUUUGAGCCUCAAGAAAUGCACUUAUGAGCAGGAUGACUUCGCACCCAUCGUCGGCUCACGUAAAGCUCACCUCACUACGAGCAGCACUCAUGACGAGCUGAUUAAUGUAAGCGAUUGUUGCGAGGACGAAGGUGUCGAUGUCGAUCACACAGACGAUGAUGCCUCUAUGGAUAUGCUGGACGAUGAGGAUGAGGAGGAAAUCAUUGAUUGCGUGAAGAUUGAAGAGCAAAACGAUGCUGCCACAAAUACUACACAAGCGGCCGCACUAGCUGCCGCUGCAGCUGUGGCUGCUGCCUCCGUUGUUGUGCCAAAACCCACAUACGCCAAGUAUGGCUUGCAGCCAUGGAAUUUCCAUAUGUCACCGUACACUGCUGAAUUCUACCGCACCAUCAAUCACCCACAUUUGGCACAACAGAUCUCACCGCUGCGUGGCGACUUACUCUCGCCCAGCUCACCCUCAGCCGAUUCGUUGGGUUCAUUAUCGCCACCGCCACACUACCUACACGGACGUGCCAAUUCGGUGUCGCCGCCUGUGCGCUCCGAAAUCAUACAUCGGCCGAUUGGUGUGCGUCAAAUGCCACAGUCGCCGUCACAGCAUGCGCAUCGUUUCAUUCCCUACCCACAGUUACCCACCGCCGCUGUCGCCGCCGCAGCCGCCUACCAUACGCAACACCAUACACCACAUCACACGGCGGCAUAUCCGCCGCCACUUAGCUACCAUCAUCAUCCGCAUGCACCCAUCUCACCAACCUACUCCGAAUCCUCGUACUACUCCAUGCGCUCAAUCACACCUGAGCCACAUUGCUCGGCGUUGCCCGAGGAUUUGUCGCUGAAACACAGCACGCUGCAGAAGACGCCACAAAAGUCGUUGGCCAGCCGUGCACACCACGCCAGUGAGAAACGCGACUCAAGCGCCAGUCAAAGCGGCUCGGCACCCAGCACACCUUCCAUAAAGAAGGAGAAGUCCGCACCGCCACGUUAUCAGUGUCCCGACUGCCAGAAAUCCUACUCCACCUUUUCCGGUCUCACCAAGCACCAGCAAUUCCACUGCCCCGCUGCCGAAGGCAAUCAGGUAAAGAAGUCGUUCAGCUGCAAGGACUGCGACAAAACCUACGUCUCACUGGGUGCGCUCAAGAUGCACAUACGCACCCACACGUUACCCUGCAAGUGCAACAUUUGCGGCAAGGCUUUCUCACGGCCGUGGCUGCUGCAGGGCCAUAUACGCACACACACCGGCGAGAAGCCCUUCAGUUGUCAGCACUGCCAUCGCGCCUUUGCCGAUCGCUCGAAUUUGCGCGCCCACCUGCAAACGCACUCCGACAUCAAAAAGUACUCCUGCGGUAAUUGCUCGAAGACCUUUUCGCGCAUGUCGCUGCUGACGAAACACUCGGAGGGUGGCUGUCCGGGCGGCAAUGCGAGCGCCAAUAGCAAUAGUGGUGGCAGUUGUGCCAGCGCGGUGGCGGCUGACUCGGUGGCGUCCGCGCAUGAGCUCCACAAUUACCCAGUCUACGUGGAGCACUAG